GACCGAACCACACACACGAGUCCACGAGUCUCGACUGAUGGAGUGCACGAACCCUGCUCGCGAGCCGCUCUCGCCGCUUCCAAAGACACAGACUCGGACGACGCCAGCACGCGUCCGUCUCUCUCGCAACGACGGCUCGCGCGUCGCCAACGUCUACGCAACAAGCCCUCUCGCGACGCUUGCCGACUUCCGCAAGCUGAUGGUGGCGCAGCUCGGCGAGCAUGGCGAGAGCCUGACCUUCGUCGUCGACGGCGCUCCCAUCACGGAAGCGCAGGAGCAGUUUGAGCCGUUCGAGCUCGGCCAUGAUGUCACCGUGCUCAAGGCGGAGACGAACGACGUCGGCGACACGAACCACAAGACUGAGAAGAGCAAGGCCGAGAAGAGCGACAAGAAGCAAAAGGAGAAGAGCGAGAAGAAGGCCAAGGAGGACGCCGCUUCCGUAGGCGAGCAGGCCGGGCACUUUCGCGUCAACCGCAAGCAGGUCAAGCAGGUGGACUGCUCGGGCCGACCCACCGGUGAGACCGAGGAGGUGGUCGAGGUGACCAUCGUCGGCGCGGCGCUCAAGGAGGCACUGCGCCGCAUCACGCAGCUGUCGCUCUUCUACGAGGCGGAGCCGACCAUCACCGCCGUGGCUUUGCUCCCGCACAUCGCCACCAUCAAAGAGGGCACCUCCUCCCUGCCUCCUCCCACGCGCCCCGGCCUGUCGGCGCUCGCAUGCUUCCUCGACGCCGAGUUUGCGGCGACCAAGGCCAAGGUGGAGGCGAUGCUCGAGAAGGGCGUGGUCUCGUUCGACGCGCUCUGGUUCCUCUUCCCCAAGUCGACAAAGUUUGUGGCGACCGUUGACGAGUGCAUGAUUGGUUCCAUCGUGGACGAGGCGCACUACUCGCGCUCCUUCUUCUCCAACGACUUUGUCGUCUCCGCGCAGCUCGUGCGCACCAACGGGCGGAGCAUCACGAUGGUCAAGCGCAACUUCAGCAUCGGCUCCUUCCGCGGCACCAUCCCCAUCUCGGACCUGGCGCUGCGCCCCAUCACCGACGCGGAGCAGGCAAAGCUGACGGCACGCGGGCGCGUCUUCCGGGAGCACGCCCUCGGCUGCCACUACCUCUCCUACUCGGGCGCGGGCUUCCGCAAGAGCUGGUUCUGCACGACGCGGUUCAAGGCGGACGGGCGGGUGGUCGUCGACGGCGCCAACUUUGCCCGCUUCAACCCCAACUACGACAUGGGGAUGAGCAACCGGCGAGGCGACGAGUCGAGCGCGCUCGGCGACGCUGGCAUCGAGGACGCGAUGCUGUGGCGCUGCUGGCACAGCCUGCACGGCUUCUCGCUCUCGGCGAAGAAGUGGCUCGAGCUGCGCGUCGAGGGCCUGAACCCGGUCAAGUUCGACGACGACGCCUUUGGCCGCCUGGUCCUCUCGGAGGAGCGCAAGGGGCUCGUGCGCGCGCUCGUCACCCAGGGCGGCAGCUCGGCGGGCAGCAACUUCAACGACAUCAUCUCCGGCAAGGGGGGCGGCUGCAUCUUUCUGCUCCAUGGGACGCCCGGGACUGGCAAGACGCUGACGGCCGAGGCGAUUGCGGAGCUGCUUCACCGGCCCCUCUACUCUGUCGGCGUCGGCGAGCUCGGCGUCUCGUGCUCAGAGCUCGAGGAGAAGCUGCGCGAGAUCCUCGAGGUCGCGUCGGCGUGGGACGCGGUUGUUCUCAUCGACGAGGCGGACAUCUUCCUCGAGCGGCGCUCGGAGAACGACAUCCACCGCAACGCGAUGGUGGGCGUCUUCCUUCGCCUCCUCGAGUACCAUCAGGGUGUCCUGUUUCUCACUACCAAUCGCGUCCGCUCCUUUGACGACGCCUUCCACUCGCGCAUCUCUGUCGCGCUGCGGUACGAGGCGCUCGGCAAGCCGGCACGCGCCGAGGUGUGGGCAAACCUGCUCGGCGCGGCAGGGAUCGGCGAGCUCGACCCAUCGGCACUCGCCGACUACGAGCUCAACGGCCGCCAGAUCAAGAACACCAUCCGGCUGGCACAGUCCCUGGCGGCGAGCGAGGGCGUCGGCGUGAGCGCCGAGCACGUCGCGCGCACCGUCGGCGUGACGGCGCAGUUCCAAAAGGAGAUGCAGGGGCCCGAGUGCUAGGCGCCGGGUGCCGGCGCGCUAUGGCUGCGUGGUUCGCGGAAGGCUGAGUGAGGGGCGCACGGGGAGGACCACGUGUGCCCACAGCCCGAGCUUGAGAUUCGGGAGACGACACGAAGUGGGGAAGUCGUGGUGAUGACUGAUGAGAAACGUGUGUGCCCUUUUGUUGAUCAUGCAGUUGAGUACACGG